GGUGUGGCUGGUUGACAGCUAACGUCAUUUAUAUUUUAUCUCUAGGUGGUUUAUUUCAUAUGUUUCGGGCAACACUGCGGAGUUGGGUUUGACAAUUCUGCUUAUCUCCAUUAUGUGAUUGUGAUUAUAAUUUAUCAACGAAAAAUGGCAGAAGCCGCAGUUGUAACAAGUGAAAAUGCUGAAAUUGUACGGGGACAAGUUUUUGAGGUUGGACCUAGAUACACUAAUCUUACCUAUAUAGGAGAAGGAGCAUAUGGAAUGGUUGUUUCUGCUUACGAUAGUGUGACCAAAAGCAAAGUUGCCAUCAAAAAGAUAUCACCUUUUGAGCAUCAAACUUAUUGUCAACGUACCUUAAGAGAAAUCAAGAUUCUGACCAGAUUCAAACAUGAAAAUAUAAUAGAUAUUCGUGACAUCUUAAGAACUCCUAGCAUUGAUCAUAUGAAAGAUGUGUACAUUGUACAAUGCUUGAUGGAAACAGAUCUUUACAAAUUGCUUAAAACACAGAGACUAAGCAAUGAUCACAUUUGUUAUUUUUUGUAUCAAAUCUUAAGGGGUUUGAAAUACAUACAUUCAGCAAAUGUAUUGCACAGAGAUUUGAAGCCAUCCAAUCUUUUAUUAAAUACUACUUGUGAUCUUAAGAUUUGUGAUUUUGGUCUAGCACGUGUUGCAGAUCCAGAACAUGAUCACACUGGGUUUUUGACAGAAUAUGUUGCUACAAGAUGGUAUAGAGCACCAGAAAUUAUGUUAAAUUCUAAGGGGUAUACUAAAUCUAUUGAUAUUUGGUCUGUUGGAUGCAUUUUAGCUGAAAUGUUGAAUAAUAGACCAAUAUUUCCUGGAAAACAUUACCUCGAUCAAUUGAACCACAUUUUAGGAGUUCUUGGAUCCCCUUCUGAACAUGAUCUGGAAAGUAUCAUAAAUGAAAAGGCCCGAAGUUAUUUGCAAUCACUACCAUUUAAACCCAAAUUACCGUGGCUAAAAUUAUUUCCUAAUGCUGAUCCCAAGGCAUUAGAUUUGUUAGAUAAGAUGUUAACCUUUAAUCCACAUCAAAGAAUAACAGUGGAAGAAGCCUUAGCGCAUCCCUAUCUGGAGCAAUAUUAUGAUCCAGCUGAUGAGCCUGUUGCAGAGGAACCAUUCAAAUUUGCCAUGGAAUUAGAUGAUCUACCAAAAGAAACAUUGAAGAAAUAUAUUUUUGAAGAAACCCUCUAUUACAAACAUAAAAACGGUGAAAUGUAGUUAUUUUAAGGAACAAAUUAUUAUUUAUGUUAAUUGGGAUGAAGGUAAGAAUAUAUAAUAAGUAAUUGGUAAUAUUACAUGUUUGAAAUUGGUAGAUAUGUGAUUUGUCUACUUAUGCCAUAAUUAUUUUUAAAUCGGGUUUUA